UUGCGUUUGGGGUUGGAUGAGGAUCCAUUGGACUUUCCGGCUGGUUGGAGUCAGCGAAAUGCACCCUUUCCCCCGAGACUUGUCUUUGAGGCGGGUCUCAGCUGUUUUCUUGUGGCCCUCGGUGCAGGCGAGCAGCAAAAGGCUCUUGCCUCUACGCCUACCUGGCGCCCUUUAUCGUCUUCACAACAAUGCCAUUCUCAGGACUGGCGCCAGAAGCAUGAGCCUAACUCUAGGCAAACAGACCACUUACGUCAAACCCCAGCAGACUCAAUGAUUUUGGCAAUAGCUCCUAACAUUACGAGCUCAGUUUCUGAUGGCCGACAAGAGCUAAAGUCGCAAACUCGUUUGACCAAGGAUGUGAUAUCUCUACAGUCGUCUUCUGUUGCCUCCUCGGUAUCAUCACAGAGGAAUUACGGAUUGCAGAAAUCAUCCUUGCCAGCCCAAUUACCGAUCAAAUUCCCAGCUUCUCAUAACUUUGAACUUGGCUCCCUCAGCUCAUCACGCAUUUCAGAGCAUAUUCUGUUAUUGCGAGUGCUUCGGGUCACUAGCCUAAACGAAACAUCUGUCGGUAUCCAGGUCAGAAUCGAGUCAAAGCAACAAGGUUAUUCUAAUAUGACCAAGCAACAUCGUGGAUUCUUUCUCUUUGAUCCUAAUCGGCUUACAAACACAGAUAGCCUUCUGCUUACUCUACGGCCGAAAAUAAAGAGUGGCCACAUCCCUAACCACAGAAAGUUUGGCACAAACUGCGGAACAACUCUCUUGGCUGGCCCCUCUACAAGUUCAAGUGUUAAGACAAGAGCUGAGAGACAAGCGGGGCUGGGUUCAGACUCAACGGUUCACUUGGAGGGGUGGGAGGAGUCACUUAGAUAG